AUGAUAUUAUUAUUAGUUAAAAGAUUAGAAUGGUCAUCAAUCAUCUUAAAUCGAUGGAUAGUUCCAAUUACGUUUCUAACUGGUAUAAUAGGAAAUUUAUUUAAUUUGAUUAUAUUUACACGUAAAGAUUUUUUAAAACAAUCAUGUUCUUUAUAUUUUUUGUCAGCAUCAAUAAAUAAUAUAAUUAUGUAUUUAACUGGUCUUUUAACUCGAAUGUUAAGUGAUGGUUUUCAAGUAAAUAUACCUGGUAGUAAUUCAAAUAUGUAUUGUCAAAUUCGAAUUUAUCUUGUUUAUACUAUUUUUGCAAUAUCAAAUUGGUUUCUUAUUUUCGCAUCAGUUGAUCGAUUUUAUUCAACAAAUCAAUCAGCAUUAAAACGUCAAUAUGUUUGUUCGAAACGAAUGGCAUUUAAAUUAAUUUGUUUAACAAUAAUUGGAUGCAUUUUAAUACAUAUACAUAUUAUUGUUUAUUAUAAAUAUUUAUACUACGUUAAUCUAUAUAACAAACAAACAUUAAUAUGUACAUCAGAUAAUAGAAUUUAUAUUAUAUUUUUAUCAUUAUUUAUGUUAAUUUUUUAUAGUUUAUUACCUCCAUUAUUAAUGUUAUUAAUAGGCUUUUUAACAUUAAAUAAUGUUCGAAAAUCUCGUCGACAAAUAAAUUCAAAUCGAAUGCCAACAUUAAUAAUAAGACGAGGUAAAAAUCAAUUAAUUAAAACACUUACAGUACAAAUAACUCUUCUUGUUAUAUUGACAAGUCCACAUUCAUUUUAUUGGAUUUAUGUUAUGAUUACAACAGAUAAAUAUUCAAUUAAACCAAGUAUUAUACAAGAAUAUGAAAAAUUUAUUUUAAAUAUUGUCCGUAUAUUACUUUAUAUUAAUUAUGGAUGUCCAUUUUAUAUACAUAUGAGUGUUUCAAAAAAAUUUCGAAAUGAAUUUAUUAAAAUAAUUGAUGAAAUCAAAAGAUAUUUUAGAUAUUUAUAUUAA